AUGCCAACCCAGAAGAGGGAAGUGGUGAGGAAAAGGGAAUUUUUUUUUCCCCCAACUGAAAACUUCUACCUCCUUGGCAGAGACUCUGCCAGUUUCACCACUGCUGUUGCAAAAGAACUUGCAAACAUUGCGAUAAACGACCCCGUGACUUUAACCGUUGAUCUUCCAAGCAUUCCCAAUCAGCCCCUGACAACCCGCAAGCAGCUCCAGUCCUAUUUGGCCUUCAAGGGGUUCAUGAAAGCCCUUCGAGCAAACAUUGCGAUAAACGACCCCGUGACUUUAACCGUUGAUCUUCCAAGCAUUCCCAAUCAGCCCCUGACAACCCGCAAGCAGCUCCAGUCCUAUUUGGCCUUCAAGGGGUUCAUGAAAGCCCUUCGAUCUCUAGUAAUUAUCAGCACUUUGGAUGGACGAAUUGCUGCACUGGAUCCAGAAAACAGUGGGAGAAAACAGUGGGAUCUGGAUGUGGGAUCAGGUUCUCUUGUGUCAUCCAGUCUCAGUAAACCAGAGGUAUUUGGAAAUAAGAUGAUAAUCCCUUCCUUGGAUGGGGACCUUUUCCAGUGGGAUCGGGAUCGAGAGAGCAUGGAAGCAGUUCCUUUCACAGUUGAAUCUCUUCUUGAGUCAUCCUACAAAUUUGGUGAGGAUGUUGUUUUAGUUGGAGGAAAGUCUUUGACCACCUAUGGGCUGAGCUCAUACUCAGGGAAGGUGAAGUACAUCUGCUCAGCCAUGGGCUGUCGCCAGUGGGAUGACGAUGAAACGGAACAGGAAGAGACGCUUCUACUGCAGCGAACCCAGAAAACUGUCCGUGCUGUAGGACCACGCAGUGGCAAUGAAAAGUGGAAUUUCAGUGUUGGUCACUUUGAGCUGCGCUACGUCCCAGAUAUUGAAACCAGAGCGGGAUAUAUUGAGAGCAAUUUUAAACCAAAUAUGAACAAAGAAGAAACAAAAAUUAUUUCAGAUGUGGAUGAGCAGGAAGCUAUGAUGAAAGAUACAGUGAUAAAGGUCUCAGUAGCUGACUGGAAGGUGAUGGCUUUUAACAGGAGAGGAGGACAUCUGGAGUGGGAAUACCAGUUUUGCACUCCAAUUGCUUCUGCAUGGCUGCUUAAGGAUGGCAAAGUUAUUCCAAUUAGUCUGUUUGAUGACACAAGUUAUACUGCUAAUAAUGAAGUAUUGGAAGAUGAAGAAGAUCUUGUGGAAGCUGCCAGAGGGGCCACAGAAUCCAGUGUCUAUUUGGGUAUGUACAGAGGCCAGUUGUAUCUUCAGUCAUCAGUCAGAAUUUCUGAGAAAUUCCCGACCAAUCCAAAGGCUCUGGAAUCCAGGAAAGAUAAUGCAAUUAUUCCUCUUCCCAAAAUCAAAUGGAAGCCUUUAAUCCAUUCUCCUUCCAGGACACCAGUGCUGGUGGGGUCUGAUGAGUUUGACAAGUGUCUCAGCAAUGACAAGUAUUCUCAUGAAGAGUACAGUAAUGGAGCACUCUCAGUUCUACAGUAUCCUUAUGAUAAUGGUUAUUACUUACCUUAUUACAAGAGAGAGAGAAAUAAACGGAGCAACCAGAUCACUGUUAGAUUUUUUGAUGAUACAAAUUACAAGAAUAUUCGCAAAAAAGAUCCCGUUCUUCUGCUUCACUGGUGGAAAGAAAUUGUUGGCACCAUUCUCUUCUGCAUUGUGGCCACAACUUUUAUCGUACGCAAACUUUUUCAUCCUCAUCCUUACAGCAGACUGCGGAAGGAAUCUGAAACACAGUGUCAGACUGAUAGUAAAUACGAGCCCACUUGUGGGGAUGUUAAAGACAGCAGCUGGAGUGAUGUCAAGAACUCUGGAUACGUGUCAAGAUAUCUGACAGAUUUUGAACCUAUUCAGUGCCUGGGUCGUGGAGGCUUUGGAGUAGUUUUUGAAGCCAGAAAUAAAGUGGAUGAUUGCAACUAUGCUAUCAAAAGGAUCCGUUUACCUAACAGGGAGCUGGCUCGUGAGAAGGUGAUGAGGGAAGUCAAGGCUUUGGCCAAACUCGAGCACCCGGGAAUUGUGCGGUAUUUCAACGCCUGGCUGGAAGCUCCACCCGAGAGGUGGCAGGAGAAGAUGGAUGAGCAGUGGUUAAAAGAUGAAAGCAUUGACUGGCCACUCAGUUCUCCCAGUCCAAUGGAUGUUCCCUCCUUUAAGAUCAGAACAGAACCAUUUUGUACAAAGGAGCACAUUGAAGUUAUUGCCACCUCAUCGGAGAUGGUCAGGUCUGUGGGAAUACCCUGUAGUCAGUUUGAUUCAUCUGGAAGCCAGUUUGCUCCUCUGGAGUUUUCUGCCACAGACAACAGGGACUUACACCAGUCAGAAGAUCUGCUGUUAAACCAUCAGGACAGUGUCCUUACAGGCUGUGACAUGGAAGACAGCACUGACAACAAUAACAAGCUGGGUCACUCCUUGGAAAUUUGUUCUUCAGCUGCUCCUGUUGUACACCUGAGGGAAGGGACUUCUUCUUCUAUUGUGUUUGAGGAUUCUGGUUGUGGAAAUGCUUCUAGUAGAGAAGAUAAAGUUGAUGUUUCACAUGAUGAGAGUCUUUCUGAGGAUAAGGCAAAAAGUACAAAUGAAUCUGAUAAGAAAUCUGCUUCAGGAAGUCCCCUCUCUGUUUCUCCACCAAGGCCAACAAGUUUAAGCCUGGACCUUUCUAAAAAUAUUGCAGAAAAAGUCAAGCCCACCUCUCCAAAGGUUUAUCUUUACAUUCAGAUGCAGCUCUGCCGGAAAGAGAACCUUAAAGACUGGAUGAGCAGAAGAUGCACGAUAGAGGAGAGAGAAAGGACAGAGUGUCUGCAGAUAUUUCUGCAGAUAGCUGAAGCAGUUGACUUUCUGCAUAGCAAAGGAUUAAUGCACAGGGAUCUCAAGCCCUCCAAUAUAUUUUUCACAAUGGAUGACAUAGUAAAGGUUGGGGAUUUUGGACUGGUAACAGCUAUGGACCAAGAUGAGGAGGAGGAAUCAGUACUUACCCCAAUGCCAGCUUAUGCCAGGCACACAGGACAAGUAGGGACCAAGCUCUACAUGAGCCCAGAACAGAUCUGUGGGAACACGUAUUCGCACAAGGUGGAUAUCUUUUCUUUGGGACUGAUUCUCUUUGAGCUGCUUUACCCUUUCAGCACACAGAUGGAGAGAGUCAGGACCUUAAGUGAUGUUAGAAAUUUGAAGUUUCCACCAUUGUUCACUCAGAAAUACACACAAGAGUACACCAUGGUGAAGGACAUGCUCUCUCCAAGUCCCACUGAAAGACCAGAGGCUGCAGCAAUCAUAGAAAAUCCUGUCUUUGAAGACUUGGAACUCCCACCAAAACCAGUGCUUAGGCAGAGGUCACGGACAAUGAGCUUAUCAGGAAAUAAGCAUUCAAGACAACCAAGCAAAUAA